CUCCAGAAAUUGUUCCCAUCUCAGGGUCCGUUAUCUGCCGCAUUUCAUUUGUCCUCUACUUACCUCCCUUAGUUGUUCCGCCGCUGUAUCUUCUCUUUACUACGCUAUUCAAUUCAAAAACGCAUUUUUUCCAACUGUGACCAACUACUAUUACAUUCAUCACCAAAGGCGUCACUACCAUAUUCCAUGCUACCUCCUUUAUUACUCCCUCAAAAUAUUACACCCCUAUAUAAACCCCAUCUUCCUUUCUUUUACUCAUCACUCACUCUUCCACCUAAAUUUACUACAUUCUUCAUUUCACAUUCCCAAACACCCACACCCUUAGCUACGCAAUUAUUGAUAGAGUAUAUAAAUCGAUCCUAAGUUUCAACCGUUAGCUUAAGUUUUUGAUUGAGUUGAUCCAUUAACAAUUGCUUCUAAAUUAAAAUUAAACAUGGCUAAACUCUACUUAUUGCUAGUAGUUUUGUUCUACUUGGUCAGCCACAUUCUAGCAGCGAGUCAACCCACUGACUUGACUCACUCAACUCAAAACGAGAUGUUAUUCCAAUACCACAAUGGCCCUCUCCUAAGCGGAAAAAUCUCUGUUAAUCUUAUAUGGUACGGCAAAUUUACCCCUACUCAAAGAGCCAUUAUUACAGAUUUCAUUACCUCCUUAUCAUCUUCCUCUUCCUCCAAAACCGCCCAACCAUCCGUCGCCACGUGGUGGAAAGGGACCCACAAAUACUACAACCUCUUACGUCAUCAUUCUUCUUCCUCACUCUCUCUUACCAUGGGUGCGCAUAUAUCCGAUCAGCGAUACUCUUUGGGGAAGUCACUUACCAGCCGUCAGAUCCUCCAGCUGGCAUCACGCGGUGGUCAAAGUUACGCAGUCAACGUUGUGUUGACUUCUGAUGACGUGGCAGUUGAUGGGUUUUGUAGGAGCAGAUGUGGGACCCACGGGUUUUCCUCAAAUGUUGCUCAUUUAAGAGGAGGGAAGAAUGAGAAGUUUACUUACAUUUGGGUUGGAAACUCGGAGACUCAGUGUCCGGGUCAUUGUGCUUGGCCUUUUCAUCAGCCCAUUUACGGCCCACAAAGCCCACCAUUGGUUGCGCCCAACAAUGAUGUGGGCCUUGAUGGGAUGGUUAUGAACUUGGCUAGCUUGUUGGCUGCGACUGUGACUAACCCGUUUGGAAAUGGGUACUACCAAGGUCCGAAAGAGGCUCCGCUUGAAGCCGCAUCCGCUUGCCCCGGGGUUUAUGGUAAAGGGGCGUACCCGGGUUAUGCCGGGGAUUUGUUAGUGGAUCCAACAAAUGGGGCAAGUUAUAAUGCCAAUGGUCUGAAUGGGAGGAAGUAUUUGCUUCCCGCGCUAUUUGACCCAUCUACAUCUUCGUGUUCUACUUUGGUUUAAAUUUAAUUUAAUGGGACAUCAAAUGUUAUGUACGUAUAGAGUUAAGUAGUACUCCUUAGGCCUACAUUAUUUUAUUCAAUCUCAUUAUUCAUUUUGUGUAAUGAAGUAUUCUUUGAUAUUCUUAA